AUGAGCAGCAAAGAUGCUCCUCUCUCGUUCGAAGACCUAAAGCCCGAUCACCACAAAAGGCCUCUUUCGGUCUUUCCUUAUUCAACGAAUGCUUUAAGUGCCGAUCAUGUUGUACUCUUGGAGACGUUUUCCCCGAUGUAUGAUGAGGCUUACAACUUCCUUGUUAGCCUUGCAGAAGCCGAAACACGGCCGACCUAUGUACACGAGUAUCGAAUCACAGAAGAGUCACUCCACAUAGGUCUCUCUCUGGGAUACACGGCAACGGAGAUAGAGAUCCGGCUCGGCUACUACUCUAAGUAUCGCCGCCUUCCCCCCACGCUUCUCUCUGCGCUGCGACGCUUAGCUAACAAUCAAGGCACCAUUAGCUUUUCCAUUUAUGACAGCAACCGAUUCCUUUUACGUGUUCCCCAGACCCUAGACCUGACCCCUGAUAUCAAGGACCUUCUGGAGGAUGCCUCUGACAAUGUGGCUGACACGCUUUUCGAAGAGCUCCUGCGCAAAAAGCGGAACGAUACUGCAGAGGAGCUGCAGAAACGCGAGCUUAAGACUCACGAGCAAGGUGUGCAAUCUGACCAAUCGUUGUGGUACACACAGUCGUUUAAGAUCGCAAGCAUUCCUAAAUUGAAGCGAUACUUUUUUCCACUCGAAGCACUCACUAGUAUUCGAAAGAAGCUAAAAGAAAUGCGGGACCCACUGAGCGGUACGCGCUCUUUAAUUACCAUAGAGGAAUAUCUUCUUCUUGACGAGGGCAUCGAUGCCGUUCGCAAUGAGCAAGUUCAGCGGUUACAGUCUCUUAUGGCCGCGGAGAUCAAUACAGAGGCAGAAAUGUGCGAACUUAAGAAGAUCAAAGAGGAGUUUGCAAAGGCAUACCAAGUAAAAGCACCUCAAAUCAAUGCACAGCUAAAACCCACUACCGACCUACGGGAUUACCAAGACCAUGCUUCAAAGAAAGUCAUAUCUGAGGUGCAGCUAGACACGUCGCAGAUCGUUAAGCGCUGUAAUUCUGGGUUAGUCGUUCUGCCAUGUGGCGCAGGAAAGUCUCUCUUGGGUGUUGCUUGUGCGUGUCGUCUUGGGCACUCCUGCAUAGUAGUCACUAACGGAAAUCUGUCGUCUAAACAGUGGAAGAGUCAGUUUCUGCAAUUCUCCACAGUCGAGAGCGAUCGUGUCUAUAUUUUUUCGGCAAACAAAGACGAGGAGACUGAGUUUAUCCCAGGGUACCAUAUCGUAUUCAUAAGCACCUACCAGAUGCUCACUAAUGCAAAGAGCGCUAAGAGUAAAGAAACGCUCAACAAGGUGCAUUCACUUAUGUGGGGGAUUGUUUUGUUUGAUGAGGCGCAUCAGGUGAUGGCAGAGACCUACAGGACCUUGUUUGUUACAGACAAUGUUAACACCAAGGCAAAUCUUUUCCUGCGGUCAUACUGCAAAAUAGGGCUCACUGCGACGCCUCUUCGAGAAGAUGACGAGAUGACAAAUCUGUAUCUCCUCGGGAAUAAGCUCUACGAAUCCAACUGGUCUGAUCUUGCAAAGCGCGGCUUUAUCGCAAAAUUGCAGUGCGCUGAAAUACGUUGUCCAAUGCACCAUAUCUUUUACGAUGACUGGCUAGACCAAAACACAGCUCAGGCGACCAAUCAAGACAGAACUACUGUGUGCGUCAACGACGUGAUGAUCACACGCAAGACGUACAUGAAGUACUUGACGAUCCUCAAUCCGUACAAGGUCCAAACUGCGUGGUACCUGAAGGAGUACCACACCCGGCGGGGAGAUCAAGUGCUUCUCUUCUGCGAUACUAUUAUGGCGGCAAAGAUGUACGCACGUAUGUUCGAUGUCCCGUUUAUCAUGGGCGCUUGCAGUGACGAUGAGAGGGAGUGCCUUGUAAAUGCGUUUGCCACCAGAACGAUCAGCUGUCUCAUGCUAUCAUCCGUUGGAGAUACAUCCCUCGACUUACCUGACGCCAAUGUAAUUAUCGAGUUGGAUUGGCAGGAAAGAAGCAGACGUCAAGAAGCCCAGCGAAUGGGAAGGAUAUCACGGCCGAAAUCAGGUGACCAGAACGCGUACUUUUACAUUUUGGUUUCUGAGGACACAAAUGAGCAACACACCGCGGCUGAGCGUCGCACAUACCUUAGCUACAACCAGGGCUAUCCCUAUAGUAUCAUGAACUGCAAGGAAAUAUGGGAAACGUGCAAUCUAUCAGAGCUAUUCAACGACUGUGAGUUCACCCGCUUUGACACAUGGAAGAAAGUAAGAAUAUUUUAUGAUGACGUGCGGCAGGCUGCGAUAGAGCAGAAGUUAUCUGAAUAA